CCUGCGCUUGGGGAGGGUGCAGCCUCUAGGGAGAUCAGGGUCGGUGUUUUGGGUCUCCGUUCGGGCAUCGUGGCGCGGAACAGGGCUGGAGUCGCCGCUUCGAGUUCAAGUUGCAGGGCCUUGGGGGUUGGUUUGGUUAGGUAGGGGGGUUACAGGUGUCUUUGCCCCCAGCUAGCCCAAGAAUUCGUCUUUGUCUUCCUUGGAAAAUCCUCUCUGGAGCCACUAACCGGCUCUCACGUAGAAAGAAUGCAGCCUGCAGUCCAGCCCGGUGACGUCAGCGCUAGAGUAUUCGGAAAACAAAGAGGGCUCGGAAGGGGGAGAGGCGAACCCCGGACGCUUAAAGACCUCUUCAGGCCUUGAGCUGCGCUCGCCCGCUUCCUCCUGGCGCACCGGUGGCCACCGAGUGCUUAUGGUGCUCUGGGCCCAGGUGCUGCUGGCCAUUCUCCAGGCAGGUGUGUGCAAGCCAAGGAAGAAUGAGGACGCUAGAAGACUCCUCGGGGACAGUCCUGCACCGCCUCAUCCAGGAGCAGCUGCGCUAUGGCAACCUGACCGAGACACGCACACUGCUGGCCAUCCAGCAGCAGGCCCUGCGGGGUGGGGCUGGAGGCACAGGGAGCCCCCAAGCCUCCCUGGAGAUCCUGGCACCUGAGGACAGUCAGGUGCUGCAGCAGGCCACGCGGCAAGAGCCCCAGGGCCAGGAGCACCAGGGUAGCGAGGCCCAUCUGGCAGAGAAUACCCUGUACCGGCUGUGCCCACAGCCCAGCAAGGGCGAGGAGCUGCCCACCUAUGAGGAAGCCAAAGCCCACUCACAGUACUAUGCGGCCCAACAGGUGGGACCCCGGCCACACAUUGGGGACCGGGAGCCACGCAGGGCCACAGGAGGCGGUCAGCAGCAGGACGAGGCCCUUCGGGAGCUGAGGCACGGGCAUGUACGCUCCCUGAGUGAGCGGCUCAUGCAGCUGUCCCUGGAGAGGAAUGGCGCCCGGGCCCCUACCCACAUGAGCUCCUCCCACAGCUUCCCGCAGCUGGCCCGCAGCCAGCAGGGCCUCCCAUCCAGGGUCCCCCCUGCUGAGGGCCCGGAGAGCCGCGGACCCCCACCUCAAUACCCACAUGUUGUGCUAGCUCAUGAGACCAUCACAGCUGUCCCUGACCCGCGGCAUCGCACCCGUGGCAACCCACACUUCCAGCAUGCUGAAGUCAGGAUCCUGCAGGCCCAGGUGCCCCCUGUAUUCCUCCAACAGCAGCAGCACCAGCAGCAGUACCAGUACAUGCAGCAGCCCCAAGAGCACCCCCUGCCCCCACACCCAGCUGCUCUUGGCCAUGGACCCCUGAGUUCCCUCAGUCCACCUGGAAUGGAGGGGCCAGCAAGUGCCCAGGGCUCCUCGGCCACCUCGGGCAGUGCCCACCUGGUCCAGAUGGAGGCUGUGCUGAGGGAGAAUGCCAGGCUACAGAGAGACAAUGAGAGGCUGCAGAGGGAGCUGGGGAACUUGGCGGAGAAGUCUGGCUGCAUUGAGAAGCUGGAAAGCGAAAUCCAGCGGCUCUCUGAGGCCCACGAGAGCCUGACAAGAGCCUCCUCCAAGCGUGAGGCACUGGAGAAGACCAUGCGGAACAAGAUGGACAGUGAGAUGAGGAGGCUGCAGGACUUCAACCGGGAUCUUAGAGAGAGAUUGGAAUCUGCAAACCGCCGCCUGGCAAGCAAGACACAGGAAGCCCAGGCAGGCAGUCAGGACAUGGUGGCCAAGCUGCUUGCUCAGAGUUAUGAGCAGCAGCAAGAGCAGGAGAAGCUGGAGCGGGAGAUGGCACUGCUGCGUGGGGCCACUGAGGACCAGCGGCGUCGCGCCGAGCUGCUGGAGCAGGCCCUGAGCAGUGCACAGGGCCGGGCGGCACGAGCCGAGGAGGAACUGCGCAAGAAGCAGGCCUACGUGGAGAAGGUGGAACGGCUGCAGCAGGCACUCGGGCAACUGCAAGCUGCCUGCGAGAAGCGUGAACUGCUGGAGCUGCGUCUGCGGACGCGUCUGGAGCAGGAACUCAAGGCUCUGCGUGCGCAGCAGAGACAGGCUGGCACCGUCAGCAGUAGCAGUGGCAGUGGUGGGACUGCAGAGCUCAGUGCCCUGAGGCUGUCAGAGCAACUGCGGGAGAAGGAGGAGCAGAUCCUGGCCCUGGAGGCUGAUAUGACCAAGUGGGAGCAGAAGUACCUGGAGGAACGGGCCAUGAGGCAGUUUGCCAUGGAUGCAGCUGCCACAGCUGCUGCCCAGCGCGACACCACCCUCAUCCGACACUCCCCCCAGCCCUCGCCCAGCAGCAGCUUCAACGAGGGCCUGCUUGCUGGCAGCCACAGGCACCAGGAGAUGGAGAGCAGAUUAAAGGUGCUUCAUGCCCAGAUCCUGGAGAAGGACGCUGUGAUCAAGGUUCUUCAGCAACGCUCCAGGAAAGACCCUGGCAAGGCCCCCCAGGGCUCCCUGCGGCCAGCUAAGUCUGUGCCAUCCAUCUUCGCAGCUGCAGCGACAGGAACCCAGGGCUGGCAAGGGCUGUCCUCUAGUGAGCGGCAGGUGGAUGCCCCUGCCCGCCUGGCUGCAGCAGACAGGGCCGCUGCAGAGGAGCCAGGGGCCACAGCCCCCCUCCCUGCGCAUGCCAAACACGGGAGCAAAGAUGGGAGCACCCAGACUGACAGCCCACCAGACAGCACCUCUGCCUGUCUGGCACUGGAGCCAGACAGCCUUUUGGGGUGCAUCAGUGGCCAGAGGACAGCCUCACUGGACUCUGUAGCUACAUCCAGAGUCCAGGACUUGUCGGACAUGGUGGAGAUACUGAUCUGAAAGAGGUUGCGCCUUGGGGACUCUGAACCAUUUCCUGUCCUCCUCAGCAUCUGUCACUCUCGGCCAUUCUGGCGGCUCCUCCAACCACUUCCCCACUUUCCCCAACCAGGCACUCAUUUCCAUCAACCGUCUGGUCCCAUGAGCUCAGGAAGGAGUGCCAUGGGGGAGGGGAGCUAUGAGUACCAGCAUCCCAGAAGACCCUGCUUCUUAGCCCCACAUUCCUCCCGUGCCCUUGGAGAAUGAGGAUUCAGCUUUCGCCUGCUGCCCAAGGCUUGUUGCUGGGGAGCAACUGGAAGCCCAGAACGGAGUGGAGCCCUCUCUGAUCCCCCAGUUGGCCCUCGGGUGGGAAGGGAAGGGGUAUGUUGGUUUGGAGGACUGAGUUCCAAGGCAGGCUGCCCAUGGACAACAGGUGGGCUACUCUGAUAAUCAAGUCAGCCAUGAUGUUUCCCUCUGGCUAAGUGUGAUCCCAGCCAACUUCAUCUGCUCCUCAGCUCCUCACUGCCUCCUUGGGAUCACCGAAUCUUGAAUCUUUUGGGAACGGUUGAGGGCGUUAUUCCUGCAGAAGCUACAGCCUCACUCCCUCACUUGGUGUGGGUUAGGGGCCUUUUAAAUGGACUGGGAGAUGCUGUGCAGUUUAUAUAUAAUCCCUUUCUUGUGGAACAGAAGAUGGAAGCAUGCUGAUUCAGAUCUGGUGCCCUUGGGCUGUGUUCCCCUGUCCUUGCUGCCACAACCCCUGUAACUUCUGACUGGCCUCCCCAGUUAUUUCUCCUCAAAUUCUUGGCCAUGGAUUUUGAUGCUGGUUGACUCAUGGGAUACUGGCUAUCUUUUCCUCCAUCUUGAGCCCUGCAUUAAAUGUCCAUGGGAUCUCCAUUGCCAGCCUCUUAAAAUGGCUCCACAGCUCCUGUCCCUGAGACAUCCUGUUGGUUUGCUUAUGAACCUUGAGCCAGAAGAAAUGAGCCAUCACACAUGGACAUCUGCCAUGCCCACGUGUGGGCUUGGGUGACCCUCCCCAACACCAGUGCUCUCUGAGAAAACUGGAGAAGUAGCCUUGUUCUCUUAAGUGUCUCUGUUCCCACCUGGAGGGCUUGGGAGAGGGAGCGAUGCUGUUGAAAACUAAUUGAGCUACAAGAUAUGACUCAAAUAGUCGUCAGAGAAUGGGGCCCCCAUCACAAAAUGGCACCCAUGAGGCUGGGUCCUCAAGCUACCCUUGAGCCCUGAAGCAGGGCCAGAAACAUUGGACUUAGUGUGAAGCGCCCCACUUGGCAGCCUGCCAGCAGCAGCGGACUUUGACUUUUGGUCUUAAAAAGUCCCCCAAUUUAGCCCCAGAAGCAAUUGGUGGGUUUUAGCAGUUUGUCUUGACUGUUUUUAGUUCUUCUUGAAUCUCUGUUUUUUGUUUUUCCUUUACUGUUUUUAGGUUCUGUAUGUGUUGUUUUAUUCUCAUGGUUCCUCAAGUUUCCUUUUUAAACAUUUGCAUUUGCUGGACAAUUGCAUAUUUUUUAAAAUCCCUACCCUCUUAAAGCUGAACAGUACAUUUGGUUCAUGUGCAUUGUUUACAAAGCAAAAAAAGAGAAAAAAAGGCAAAAAAAUAUUGUGAAAGGAAAAAAAACACAACAACUUAAUAUAUUUUGGAUUAAUAUUUGGUAUUUCUUUUUAAAGUAUUUUUUUGUGCUGUGAACGUUUUCUGCCAAAGACCAUGACGUGUAUGUUUAAGUUAUCAUAAAUAUUUAAAAUGUAAA